CUGGGAUACCCAGCAAGCUGCUGCCCUGAUCCCAUCUCCAAGACAUUCUCAUUUGCUUUCCUGAAGGAUUAGGACUAGACAUUGUUUUUGUAAAAGCUCCCCAGGGCUGAGAAGCAUUUUUGUAGAACAGAGGUCUCAACUUUGGCACAUUUCCUCAAACCACUUGAGGAACUUCAAAAAACACUUAUAAUUGGGUCUGAUUCUGGGAUUCUGAUUUAAUUAAUUGGUCUGGGAUAAGGCUGGGCAUCAGAAUUCUAAAAGCUUCCAAGAUAAUCUCAUGUGUAGCCUGAUGUGAGAAUCUGUGCCCUAGGCCAACUACUUCCUAUUUCACAGAGGCAAAAUGGAAGCCCAGAGAUGGGAAUGCAUUUGUCCAAGGUCACACAGCAAAUGCAUGACUGCUGAGUGUUCCUUUUCUCACACUACAGGGCACCAGACUCCCUUAUUUGUAUCUCUGAUCAUUUGUUUCCAUACACAUGAUCAUCUCCUUUGAUCCUUGUAACUUCUGGGGAGGCAGAGGGCAACCGUUACCCCCAUCUUACAGGUGAGGAUUGUCAAGGAACAGAGCUGUCCAGGUGACUUGCCCAAGGUAAAGGCCAGAACCUAGAAUGUCCAGUUCCUGGCCCAGUGCUCCUUUAACCCCACCCAUUGUCACAUACAGGUUCUAGAAUGAACAUGUCAAUGCUGUGAGGUGGGUUCCAGGUGUAAAAGGGAGGGACUAUGAGGUGACAUUCUAGAAGGGUGGAGAGGGUUGGACAGGAGGCAGACGACUGUUCCCUCACAAACAGGGGCUUUGGGGCAGCCAUGUCCUACUUCACGUCUCCACCAACUCAUCCAGGUCUUCUGCCUUCGGGCCACGGUGAGGCUGCUUCUCCAGGCUCAUCCCUUGGCCUCUAUAGUCCUGCAGAGCCAGUGCUGGUGGCCUCUGGUGGACAAGGCCCACCGAGCCAGAAAGCUGAGCAGGUGACACCUGUUGCCCAGGCCUGGGGCCCGGCCCUGGCAGUGCUGGAAGCCAGGGGCUGCCCUGGGGGGGUUAGCUGGGAGCCAGUGCGGCGGAAGGACUACAGCCGAUACUGUCACAAAUCCCCCCAGGCGAGGCAGCCGGAGAGCUUGGGCUGGGAGAAUGGCUGUUCCAGCAGAGCUCCCCAUCUGGGCGGCCCCAGCAGGACCCAGCCCCUGCUGCUGUGCGGGCUGUCACCGGGUGCUCUGCCGAUGCCCUCUGAGGUGGGGGGGAGGGAGACCCGCUCCCAGCCGGACAUCUGCAUCCUCACCCUGGCCAUGAUGAUCGCCGGCAUCCCUACUGUGCCCGUCCCAGGCCUAAGGGAAGAGGACCUGAUCCGGGCGGCUCAAGCUUUCAUGAUGGCCCAUCCGGAGCCGGAGGGGGCUGUGGAGGGGGCACGGUGGCAGCAGGUGAAGAGCCACACAGCCUUGGGGCCCAAGGCCCUAGUGAGAUCCAGGAGGGGCCAGCCCCCCGGCUCCUGCUUGUAGCUGGAUGAAAUAGCACCAGA